CGGCCUGUUUUGCCUGCGGACCCAGCUGCGGACCUCCCUGUAGGUCAACCAAAGCUCAAGCGCAGUCCUUCUCAAACGCAGGGAAGGUCCAGUCGUAGAAAGGGACCAAGGCAACAUACUGUACUGGCGUUGACGUCUUCGCCUGAAGUAUUUGAACACCAGUUCCAUCACCUUGCUGUGCGCGUCGUGCAAGAUGACCGUGCAGCUACAGAGGGCAGAGACCGGGACGGAGCUUAUGCCCUCGCAACAGCAAUCCUUGAACUUAGUGAGAAACUUACUGGGUACCACCAUCGGCGCAAUCACCUAUCUGCGAGGGCUGUUUCCUGAGAACAAUUUCAAGGAUACUAGUAUGGGUGGACUGGGACUAAAGAGUUUGGAGAGAGGUGUCUCCCAGGAGGCGAACAACUUGAUGGACUGGCUGAAUCGCGGAUGCUUUCAUGCUUUGGAGCGGCAAUAUCUUCGAACGAUGAUCUUUGGCAUAUAUCUGUCUCCCGACGAACCCAACAAACUCGUGGAAGCGUAUACCUUUAGCUUCACGUAUCCUGAAACGGACGGAUGCUGUGUCACUAUGAACGCGAAUGGAGUGGAGACCUUUCGUUUGCAGACCAAAACUGCGAUCAUGAGGGCAACAUCUACGAUGUUGCGGCGCCUACUGAUUUUGACCCAAACAUUGCGGGCUCUUCCGCCAAGCGCUUAUAUCACCAUGAAGCUAUUCUAUUACGAUGAACGCACCCCGGCGGAAUAUGAACCACCAUGCUUCCGCGCAGGGAACGAUGAGGAAAAGUUCUUUUUCUCUCAAAAGCCGGAGAAGAUUAACAUUGGAAAAGUCGAGACGCCACAUCAUGCCUUGAAUUUACAAGUGCAAACAACUGCUGAUGGCAUCGAAGCUGCUAGAGACCCCGAAGCCCAGGACGAGUUUGAGACAUCCAGUCAGCAAGAGGGGGAUCUCUCUGCAGACUCCAGUACUCCUACGGAUAUGAAGGCUAAGCAGCACUGCCAGAGUAGCGAGGUGUCGCUGAUGCUCGAGGACACUGGAAUAUCGCAAAUGGCCGGUGUCACAGAACAGAUGGGCCAGGUUGCCCUUGAAGAAAGUAAGCUGCUUAUCCGUGUGGGUUCGCGGCGGUAUGUCUCACCUUUGAGUAUAGACGCCUACCUGAUGGAAGUCGAUGUCAGAGAAACGUGUUCUCAGCAAUAUGCCUCCAGACAAGCUGGGCUAUCUCCGCCCGCCAUGAAUUUCAGCAGUGUCAUCGACGACACGCAGGAUUUGGUCAAUCGGCUGAAGGACAGUUCAUGUGCGAAUGACCACGUCCCCGACGACGACGUUGCGCCUUCGGAGACGUUUGGCCACACGCAACACUCACGCACUCAGGGGAGCGACGUUCCAGAGUCCAUCGAUCUGGCUAUGGAUGAGAUGUCCGACGCUCACGACAGUCCUGAACCGGAAGCAAAGACGGGCGAGGACCAGUCCACUAGUGCGGAGAUAGGUGGAGCGAAGGACGACUCCCAAGGCAGUUUGCAAGCAGACAGCCCAAUGAGCCAAAUGCUAGGAGAUCAACAAUGCCAAGGUGCUCCUUUGGAGCCAACGAGAACCACAACAGCUCAGCCUCGUUACGGGGGGGUCCCGACCACAGGCGCUGAUGGGGAACCGAUCGAUUGUCCUUGUGGAAUCAACCGGGUAAGUUCGCACAUUUUGGCACAUUUUGGCACACAUUGCAUACGCGGGUAAUUGAGUUCCGCGAUAGGAAGAGGACGAUAUGCUUUGCUGUCAUCAAUGUGGAACUUG